AUGGCCCCAUACCAACAUGAUAUCUUGGACCCUCUCGUUGCUGUGGCCGGGAGAGCCCGCGACGCUGUUACCGCACUGGCACCAUGGCUUCAUUCACGAGCCGGUAUCAUUUUGAGACAGUUUCCGCAGUUGCGAGCCUCUGUCGACAUGCUGUACUCAUUGCUACUUGUCGUAGCCUCCCUUACUUCUCCGGCUGAUGGCAUUCAUGUCGUGCCUGGGGUCGAGAGUACGAGCCCCAUUUUCGAUGCCUUUAUGAGCUUUUCCAUCGAGUUUGUCUUCUGGCCCGACUUUGCUGGUAACAAAUCUCACCCAAAUCGGUUCUCCGAUACUCUGCUUGAAAACCUAGGCCAGCUCCAGGGCGUACGACCCUAUGUUCGCGUUGGCGGCAACACCCAAGACUAUGCCUUGUACGAUGAGUCUCUCCCAUAUGCCGUCAACGGCACCUAUGACCUGAAGAGGUCGAAGGAUUACCCUACGACCAUUGAUAUUGGCCCAUCUUUCUUCGAGUCCUAUAGCACGUUCAACAACACCAAGUUCACACAUGGCUUCAAUCUCGGCAUCGGCGGAAUCAAACCUGAAGGCCGUGCUGCUUUACUGGCUACCGUGCCUCUAGCCUGUAAGGCCAUUGGCAAAGCCAACCUGGACCUGUGGGAGUACGGCAAUGAGCCUGACCUAUUCUCCAUUUCUGCUCAGGGUCCAGUGCGGCCUCUGACCUGGAACGCCAAAGAAUACAUCAAGGAGUGGCUGAACGAGGAUGAUCUCUAUCGCUACGUCGCCCCAUCAAACGGCGGUGUCUACAACCCUCUCCAGGCCAGUGAACAGUGGUCCGAGGGUCUCAACCGCGAUGGUAACGUCAAGCUCUUCUCGACGCACAACUACAUCAGUGGAGCCGAAAGUCCCGGAGUCACCCUUCAAGACACGUUGAUGAACCAUCAUAAGACAGCGCAGUCCGUCGAUGCCCAUGUGAGGACAUAUCGCGACUUGACGGCCCACCACGAUGACGUCCCGCCUCAUAUUCUAGGGGAGCACAACUCCCUCUAUCACCAGGGCAAACCAGGCCUGUCCAACUCUUUCGGAGCAGCCCUCUGGGGCAUCGAUUUCAACCUGUACGCGGCCUCUGUCGGCAUCAAACGUGUGCACAUGCACAUGGGCACCGACUACCGGUACGCCAGCUGGCAGCCCAUCACCACAUCCACGACGGUAGCCGGCACCAAGCCCCCCUACUACGGCAACGUCGCCGUGGCCGCCAUGCUCUCGCCCGGUCACGCUGUGCCGCCACCCCGCAUCUCCGUUGCCCAUAUCUCGCUUCCCACCCCACGCGCCGCCGCCUAUGCCGCGUACCACAACUCAACACUAGCCCGCCUCCUCGUCCUCAACCUUGAGGCUCACAACUCAACCGUCAACGGCACCGGCGAGAUUCCCGACCCCGCGGCCCCGGCCCGCCCGUUGUUCCGCUAUGCCUUUGCCGUGCCGGGGCUGGACGGGUCGGCACGGGUGCAGAGACUUUUUGCAAACGGCAGUGACGCCAUCUCCGGUAUCACGUGGGACGGCUGGAGCUAUAACCAGGAACUGGCAGAGGGGAGGCCCGUGAGGCUGCGCAAUGUCACGGUUGGAGAGAGGGUCGAGGUACGGGAGGGUGUGGUGGAGGUGGAGGUGCCGGCAAGUCAGGCUGUCCUCGUGAGUUUCGGAGAGGCCGGGGCAGAAUGA